AUGACCAUCGAUGUCUUCGGAGCAUCGCCCGAAUCUGGUGGGAACACCGGAUCAGCAAUUCUGAAGUCUAUCAUUUUCUAUUUCAUUUUGGAUGGACAAAUCACAGAUCUUAAGGAAGCUGAGGAACAACGUUUCCAAGUCAGUGGUCAAACUCGGCAAGUGGAGCAACGACCAUCUGAUCGACAACAAGUAAACACACCCGAGCUACCUAUGUUCCGACGCACUGACAACUAA